UAUUCAUGAUUGAACUCAUGUCCUUCUGAUAAAAGGUGGUUUGCAAAUGUGGAAAUGGUAUCUCUAUUUACGAAACUACUUCUAUACUUUUUAAUUCUUUGGGAAAAUGUUCUCCUUGUUUGGCCAAUAUACAGUUUUGGACAAGAGCCACAAGUCAGCUUAUAUACUCCUGAUCUAUCCGACACCGAUUUUUUGUCUUUAUUGUUUUUAAUAAAUUUACUUAGACUAGUGUUCGUUCUGUAAGAUAUUUUUACGCAACGAUUAUAAGAGCCAACACUACCUUGAUAAAACUGGAAUCGGUUUUAAGCCUUCAGUUUUUCUUGAAUUUGUUUUUUGUUUUUUUUUGAAUGAUUCUACAUAUAUUUGUAAAUUCGGGAACUUCAGUGAUUAUGGUAAUGAUGAGUUUUAAAGAAAAAAAUGAUAUGACAUGAUAAAUUGGAAAAAUCAAGAAGUUCCCGAAUUCUUAUAGGACCACCGAGUCCAUACAAAAAAUAUGUCUUCCAUGAAAUCAUUAGUUUUUGCAAAAAACCGAUUCUACAAUCGCGAAAUUGAUGACUGAUUGGCGCUGCCACCUACAUAGUACUUUAACUAUUGAAUACAACUGGCAACACUGUAGAAUCGUCAUACCGCAAUCAUCGUGAAGAUACGACAAGAUUGGUUAUUGCUAUCCUUUUCUCGUACGCCAGUAAGGGAUUUCCCUCCAUUCUCCGUAUUUAGUAGAUUAGGUUUUGAUGUUACUUGGGAAACAAUGACAUGAUUUAGGUAGGUGAAUUGUGAAUAAAUACCAUAAACGUACCUACAAACAAUUAUUCUGGUGCAUCCCUUGGAAACUGAAUUGUUGUUCUUGUUUUGAGAGUAUUAUAAGUGAGACUUGUUGAAAGAGCAAUGGGUCGAAUAAGUGAAAGAGAACGUACUGCCAAACAUGAAAAAUGUUUAUUUUCUCGAAGAAAAUCUCGACGGCAAGCAAGACGAAGGCACCUGAAAAAUAAAAUUUUGGCAGAAAUAAACAAUGUGAUCCCCCAUUCGACAUGUGACGAGGACAUUCAAGAGAUUGUACCUGAACAUGGAAACUAUCCUGAAUUAUCUGAGGAUUAUUUGCCUCCUUCGAAUGUCAUCGCCACGUCUCAGUUUGAGCCGCAACCCGGUUGCAGUCAACAUCAGUCUGAUGAUGAUGAAAUCGAUGCACCUGCGGAAAAAAAGACAACUUCUUUUGAAGUCACUGGAAGAAGAAUCGUUGACAUCAGUUUCUUAUUCAAACAAAUUCUUGAUAGCGAGAAGCAUAAACUGUUUGGAUGUGAUAUCACAGAUAUGCAAGUUAUAAAAGAAGUGCGAAAGGGGUUUAUGUCAACAUUUACUUUGAAAUGUAAAAUAUGUGGCAUAACUCAGCAGAUUCAUUCGGAGGAUCCACGAAAUGUUUCGGGAAUAACUGAAUCCUUGGAUAUUAAUUCAGCCUUGAUUUUGGGAGCAGUUUCAUCCGGCAAUGGCUACUCAACAUUGGCUGAAAUUUCAGUUGUAAUAAAUAUGCCAAUGAUGGCUGAAAACACCUACUCUAAUUAUCACGAUAAAGUUUCUGAUGUUAUUUACUCAACAGCGAAAGAAGUCAUGGAAGAGGCCGGGAAAGAGGAAGCAGAGUUGGCCAAAAAUUUGGGAGAAAUUGAUGAAAAUGGAGUCCCAUUUAUAACUGUUGUAGCAGAUGAGGCAUGGUCAUGGAUGAGGCAUCAUAUAAUGUUAAUUAUAAUGCAGCUUCUAGUGUGGGAUGUAUUGUAGGACACCGGACUGGAAAAUUAUUAUAUUUGGGAGUCAGGAACAAUUUCUGCAGUACCUGUGAUUUUUACAAUAGGAAAGAAGUGGAAUACCCCAACAUAAAUGUUUCAAAAAUUGGAUUGGCACUUCUACAUCAAUGGAAACAGAUAUUAUUGUUGAAGGAUUCCGAAGCAGCAUCACAACGCAUGGGUUGAAAUAUCUCACAUUAGUUGGAGAUGGUGACAGUUCUGUCUAUUCAAAAUU